AUGGUACAGAGGCCCAUACUGGUGACUAGCUUCUGUCCAGAGGGACCGGUGGAAGCGCCAAAAUUCUCGUACCUGCUGCGGGCUUUAUGCGAGAUGUACAAGAACCAGACAUUCAAGACGUACCUGGGCUUUUCCCCAUUCGUGAUUAUACAGGACCCUGAAAACGCUGAGGUCCUUCUUUCAAGCUCAGAGAACCUGAGGAAGCCCUUGUUUUACACUUUCACCAUACCGUGGUUGGGGCCAAGAAAUAUGCUUUAUAUCGCAGGAAACGUUUGGCGCUACAAAAGGAAGUUCCAGAUGCCUGCCUUUCAUUCAAAGACUUUGGAGAAAUUCAUGGACGUAAUAAACGAACACGCAGACAGCAUGGUUGAGCGCCUGGAAGAAGCGAGUGUCAAGAAAGAGCUGGCUCCUAUACAAGAAAUUGUCAAACGAUGCAGUCUGGAUCUCAUCGGAGAAGUCUUGAUGGGUGUGAACUUGAAUACUCAGAAGAACCAGAACAGCCAGUAUGGCGAAUAUAUUGCUGGAAUAACGUUUUUGAUGGCAGUGCGCGCCUUCCGACCUUGGAUGUGGCUUAACAGCAUCUACAACUACUCUUUCGAAGGCAUGUGGUUCCGAAAAAUGGUCAGUGGAAUCAAUGACUUCAAUCUAAGGAAAUCGAUGGUUCCUCCAAGCGAAUCUUGA